AUGCUCUGGCCUGCGGUAACGGCAGAUGUGUUUGCAGAAAGGUUGAUCGUCUCUUCAGGUGGUCGGACCAGGGACGGCUGGAUGCCGCCUGCACUGGGCGAAGAAACCUUACUGGCAGUUUCCAUGGCGACCGGUCCCUCUGACGCCCUGCCGACCAAUCGUGGGGACAGAUCCUGCACUAAGGAGGAAAUGCGAGCCGCGGGACGGGUGUCUGUCAACGCCUCGGCGGCUCUCUUGGAGAAGGCGGUCAUCUUUGGUAUCCACUCAUGGUAG